AUGGGAAAGCUGAUUGUUGCCGCCACAGCCGGAUACGUCCUGGCUUCGUCGGCGCUCGUCCACGCCUACAGCAGCAACCCGACCAACUUCCUGAAUGCCCACAACAAAUACCGCUACUGGUCGUACGCCAACAACGUCCAAUGGUCCAGCACUCUGCAGCAGCACGCCCAAAACUGGGCCAACCAUCUGGCCUCCACCGGCGGCAGCGACCACGGAAGCGAUCUGUCUGCCAACAGCGAGGGAGAGAACCUGAGUUUCUACUGGGUUAGCACCGGCGCCAACAUCAACCAGGCCACGGGCAACUCCAACAUGGAAGAUGCCGUCUCGAACGGCUGGUUCUCGGAGUGGACCAGUGUUUCCAACUGGAACAACGUGGGCUUCUCAGAGUCCACCGGCCACUUUACCCAGCUUGCCUGGAAAGCCACCACCACCAUCGGCUGUGCUGCUGCCCAGGGCGUCUCUGGCGGAUGGGAUUACUAUGUCUACGUCUGCCGAUACCAGCCUCCGGGAAACAUCAUCGGAGCGUUCCAGUCCAACCUUCAAGAGCCCAACGUUAACCGUGGCAACGCUCCCUCUCCUGGUGCCACUGGAACCCAAACGAUCCCCGGCUGUUUCUAUGACGGAUCUAGCCGUGUCCUGACCUCCUACCAGGGUACCACGUCGUCUCCCAGCUCCUGCUCGGGAACUUGCGCCAGCAACGGCUACAAGUACUACGGUGUCGAGAACGGCAACGAAUGUUGGUGUGACAACCAGCUCUCCAACGUGGGUGCCGGCAGCGGCGACGGUGCCGGAACUGUGGGAUACAACGCCCCCAGCGGCUGCAACGGUGCCAACGGUGGUGCUUGGCGAAUCUACAUCCAGAAGGCCUCUGCCCCCGCUCCCACUACUCAAAACAUUCCCGGCUGUUUCUAUGACGGAUCUAGCCGUGUCCUGACCUCCUACCAGGGUUCCGCGUCAUCUGCCAGCGCCUGCUCGUCCACCUGCGCCAGCAAAGGAUACAAGCUGUACGGUGUCGAGAACAGCAACGAGUGCUGGUGCGACAACCAGCUUUCCAACGUCGGCACUGCCAGUGGCGUCAGCGGCGCCUUGACUGGAUACAAUGCCGCCAGCGGUUGCAGUGGCUCCAUCGGUGGCGCCUGGACUAUCUACAUCAACAACGCCCAGGGAUCCUCGCCUGCUCCCGCUCCAACCGUCCCUGGAUGCUUCUGGGAUGCUUCCUCGCGUGUUCUCACGGGCUCUUCAUCGACCGCCUCGGGACGCACCCAGUGCUCAUCCAACUGCGCCAGCGGUGGCUUCAAGUAUUACGGCUUUGAAUAUGGCAGCGAAUGCUACUGUGGCAACCAAAUCCAGACCGGCGGCACUGCUGGCGACGGUUCUUCGACUCGCGGCUCCUCUCGCUCUGUCUCGGAUUGCAACAACAACGCAGGCUGGGCCAUCUAUAUCGAUCUUGCCACUGGCUCCUCUGGACAACAAGAUCCUGGCUGCUACUACGACAACAGCAACCGCAUUCUUCAGGGCCCCAGCCAGAUCGGCAACGGCAUCCAGGACCGCACCACGUGCAAGACCUUCUGCACCAACCAGGGCUAUCUGUACUACGGCUACGAGUACGGCGACGAGUGCUACUGCGGCAACAGCAUCAGCAGCGGUGGCUCCGGCGGCUCGGGUGCUGGCCCGCGUGGCACUGCUGCCCCUGCUUCGUCGUGCAGCAACGCAUAUGCCGCAUGGAUGGUCUACAUCGGUAUCGCCAAGUCCACCUCUGCCACCAUCAUGGUCGCCACAGGCAACUCCACCGUCUCGGCCUCGGGCUGGACCCAGUGCAACAACCCUGGCGAGAUCAGCCAGUCGUACGACUGCAAGGCCAACGCCACCUGGUCCUGCAACCUGGGUCGCUGCACUUGCUCUCAAGGCUACAUCCUCCAGAACCAUGCCUGUGUGGCUCUCCCCUCGACCGCCGUCGACCCCCUUGCUGUCAUUCGGUUCGAGGUCCGACACUAA